AUGGAUAUUCAACGAAAGGAUGUUCUCGACCCCGUCGCUAGAGAUCAAGCAAGGAGGAAACGUGCCGAUACAGUCAGUCAAGCAUUAGACAACGAGGAGACUUUAUAUUUCUGCAGUGUCACGCUGGGUACCCCGAAGCAGAGUUUACGCUUGGUUCUCGACACUGGAAGUAGUGAUCUGUGGUGCAACACGCCAAAUUCUACUCUCUGUGAAUCAACCAAAGCAGCCUGUGCCCAAUCGGGUACUUUCAACUCGAGUGCUUCCUCUUCAUAUUCAUUUGUGAACUCUGAUUUCAAUAUUAGCUAUGCCGAUGGAUCUAGCGCCGUCGGAGACUAUGGUUCCGACACUCUUACCAUCGGAGGCACAACUAUCAAAGACUUCCAAUUCGGCAUUGGGUUUUCGUCUGGUUCUCCGGAGGGUGUCCUGGGCAUAGGAUAUCCUGCGAAUGAAGUUCAGGUUGGCAGAAAUGGAGACGCGCCUUAUGCCAACUUGCCCAAGGCAAUGGUCAAUAAAGGAAUAAUCCAAUCAAAUGCCUACAGUCUCUGGCUGAACGACCUGGAAGCGAGCACAGGCUCGAUUUUGUUUGGUGGAGUCAACACGAAGAAAUACCACGGCACCCUGCAGACAGUUCCCAUCCAGAAGCUCCAGGGACAGUAUGCGGAGUUCAUCAUUGCGCUCACUGACGUUUCCAUCACCAAUUCAUCCAGCGAGAUAGCCCUUUCUUCGAGUUCCAUUCCUGUGGGCGUGUUACUGGAUUCGGGAAGCUCUCUCUCAUACCUUCCAGACGCCCUUGUUCAGAAAAUCUACGACGAUCUCGGAGUUUCUUAUGAGGCGGACAGCGGUAUUGCCUAUGUUGAAUGCAGCAUAGCAGAGCAGGAAAUCACCAUCAGUUACACUUUCUCAUCCCCGACGAUCGACGUGGGCAUCGACGAGAUGAUUAUCGAUGUUGGCGAUCUGUAUUUCAAGAACGGCAAGCGAGCCUGCGUUUUCGGUAUCGUACCCGCGGGAGGCAGCACGGCAGUCCUGGGAGAUACCUUCCUCCGCAGUGCGUACGUGGUGUAUGAUCUCGCCAAUAAUGAAAUCUCCCUCGCCAACACCAGAUUCAACGUCACCGAGAGUGAUAUCUUGGAGAUUGGGACUGGCAGUGAUUCCGUCCCCGGUGCGAGUGAAGUCUCGAACCCAGUGACGACCGCGCCAGUUGGUGGCGCCGCUGCUCGCAUUGGAGGUCCGCAUGGCUCCACCGGCAUCUCGGCUACUGCCACUGCUACAGGGAAUAUGGCCCUUCCCAGGGUGACAGGUAUGCCAAAACACCUGGCUGUCGGCCUUGCCGGAGUUGGAGCUAUGUUGGUUCUGUGA